AAUACUCAAAGAAGUGUUGCUAUGGUGAAUAGUGUCCAACACUAGAAUGUGAGAUAAUUGCAUAGCUAAGGGGAAAAUCUUUAAGCCAGCUCUUUUUGCUACACUUUCUUUGACACUUUUCCCCUUUCCAACUGAUUGUGGUCAACUGUUUGCAAUUUAACCUAUAUGCCAUCUCACCUUUUCAGUUUGCUAGCAUUUGGCAAGGGUAUUGUGAGGUCAGAUUACAUAUAUUGGAAAGUCAUAAGAGCAUACUAGUGCAAGUGUAAAAACUGACAAAAAGAUUUUUAAGAAAUGUGUACAAUUGGGGGACUGAAAAAUAUAGGACUCUAACUGGACUUUUUUUAAUGCCAAAAAAGUCCUCUGGCAGUAAAUCAAAAGGCAACAUGAUUGGAGCAGGGAUGGAAAAGACAAUACAGGUUCUGCUGCAAAGGACACUGGGAUACUGGCUGGAGGGAGGAAGGAGGGAGGGAACAAUCCACAGUGUGCCCAAUUAUCUGUCAGACACAACAUGAGUUGUUCGUGAAUAACCCACAUUCUGUAGCUUAUUUGCAGGGUGGAUGGCUUUGUUGUGUGGAUCAGUUCAGAGGGCGAAUAUUUCUAAGAUUCCUUUCUCAGUGCUGAGCAGGGAAAAGCUCUUGUGCCAUCUGCAGCUGAUCAGUGAUGUGAAAAAGGAAGAAACUAACAGCUGAGCCAGGAAAACAUCUUGUCCCCAAGUCAUCUGUGGUAGAGCAUGUGGUGUCUGGAAAAGGUGCUGGUGGGCUGGAGAGGGAACGCACACGGGCCAGAGUUUCACUCUGCUUGCUCUACAGCUUUAUGGUGGAACUGCUCUGCCACACGGUGGAACAUGACACUCUACACAUUGUCCAAGAAUUAUGGGGAUAAGUCUGAUAAAUGUUAGAAAUGUGUCCAAAGACGAAGUAUCUUUAUGCGUUAGUAUACCCCCGUGAAGUCGCAGUUCAGCGUUCGCGGCUUCAGUCUUGCGUGGAUUUUUUCUCCGAGCAAACCCAAGCUGACCUCCUUGCGAGUAAGCCGGCGCCUCGCUGUGCAGCGCCUUACUCACAGAGAGAUCGUUUCCUCUGAGUUUAGACUUGCUCGAAGAAAACGAUCUCGGCGGGUGCCCGCCCCUGUCCCUGCCUCGCCGGGCGGGCACCCACCCGCAGCCUGGCCUGGCCCGGCCCGGCCCGUGCCUCCCGCCUGCACUGCCUUGGCGACCGGCACCCAUCGCCAGCACCAAAUCUGCGUUUUUUCACAAUUCGCGGGUCCUUUAGGAACGUAACCUCCAAGAAUUUUGGGGGACUACUGUAUUAAAUGGCCCUUAGACAAAGAAUAUUAGCCUGACUAUAAAUGCUGCAACAAGUAAGAACAUAAAGCUAAUUCUGCUGUUAAACCCAAGACAUAACUACUUACCUGAAAGGGUUAUUAUGCCGGAAUAAAGAUGUUUUCCUUUGUCAUACAUUGCAGCAGAUGGAUUGAUCUAUGCAAAAUAUUUGAAAAGUAAAGUCCGGCAGUUAAGAAACUCUGGGAACGCUCAGUACUGAAUACAAAGAUAGUUGAUACAUUACGUAUCAUGCAUGCAAAUACAUUGGGCAUAAAAAUACUGGAUGCACAGUGCACCAAAAUAAAAAAGGAGGGUUGGUGUAACUAAAUUUAAGGAUGAAUGGGGAACUUUUAAUAAUUUAACUGAUAAUUUUAUUUGUUCCUUCUCAAGAACAGAAUGUGUGUUUUUUACAUAUUUUGCUAUUGUCUUAGUACAAGUUAAAUUGACUGUUUAGCUAUUCAUUGUGUUUUAACUCUUUAAGAAUAAGAUGCAUUCAUAUGCAGCAGAGGGUCAAACUUGUGUUCUGAUUUGAUCUUUGAUAUUAUGCAAACUUCAUAACUUUAUUUUAUAGGUGAUUUGUUUUAAUAGAUACAUAAAAAAACCAAGACUUUUUAAUAAAAUCCAGCACAAAAGAGGGAGUUUAUAUUAAAACUGUGAAGAGCAGUGUGUAGGCAACACAGAUGUUUGAGGAAGCAACAUAGGGCUGAGUAGAAGCACUGGAUCAGAGAAAGGAGUAGUUCCCAGAAUGCCAUUGGUUAAAAACUUUUCCCUUACAGUAAUUCAGACAUAAUCAUAGGCUCAUUCACACAUCUGGUUUUGCAUAUGGAAAAGGAUUUUUUUCCCUCCAAAUGCUAUCACAGAGGCGUAGGAAGCCUUCUACAUGAGAGAUUGACGAUCAUUUGUCUAUUCUGCAAACUAUUGAAGAAGUGGAAACCCUGUUUUUUUUCUCACUAUACACUAGGGUAAAGGGUGGCUUUUAUUGUUCUGUUCACUUUUGCUGGACCCUGCUACUCAGUGUUUCAUUCUGUUGCACUGCAGAUGGCCUUAAUUAUUUUUUCUUAUACGCAUGCAAUUUAAGAUGUGUCUAGAAUUCCCUUGAGCUUGAAUUUGUACAGACACCCUAUUACACAAACAGCUGGGCAUGCAUGCAGACAGAUGGUUGACCAUCUAUAUGGAUCAAGUGUAGGUUAAAGAUUAGACCACAAUUCCCAUCUGAAAACUUUAAAAUGGCUCCUGGUCCUGAUGUUACAUAUCAAGUACAGAAGGGCUGUACCGUCACAAAUCCUUCUCUCCCCUGGAUUAAUUUUUAGAAGUCAAAUAAGUUAGGAAUCCUUAAAAUGCUACAUUUUGGUCAUUUUAAUUAUGACUAUGAGAGAAGGGAAAGGUACAUUAUACCAAAGGGUACCCUUUUAUACUAUGGAAAAGAAAUCCAUAUUUGAUAGUUCAAUGGAGCCUCAUUGAAAUUCUGUAGCUGGGUAGAUGACAUUUCACAAUAGUAAAGCUUAUUAUGGUUCAUUGAAAUUCUUCUCUUCAGCACAAUUUUCCAAGGUGCUGAGUGAGAUAAAAGUGUUGGUAGUAAACUGCAUUUUGGACACUUAAAGGGACAAAUGUAAUCCCAAGCUACUGAAGUUUAGCCUUCACCAGCCUUAGCAUACUGUGAGAAGGCUGUAUGCUAGGUUGAAGGAAUCAUACAAAGAUGCAUUGCUUUUCUCUGUCGUCAAUCCAUUUUGACUGGUAGGAGAGUAAUACUGAGUCUCCAAAAGAACAAUUCUCAGGAUUGACUCAUGCUGUGGCUUGGUGGAGUCGCUGGAAGAGCAAGGGAUCCCCAGAAUCCAGACCCUAAUUACAUUCAGAUAUUGGUGAGGAUUGGUUUGGUUGUUGGACUUUCAAAUCUGGACAGUGAUUUUUAGACUAGUCAGUAGCCUGUACAUUUCUGCAUGGUUCUAAGGAGCAUUAUGUGAAACAGAUUAUUGUGGUUGUUUUUGAUAGCAAUACAUUGUUAUUUUUAAAUGCUGAUAUUUAAAGUAUGCUUUGCAUACUACAUUUUUAAAAAUACAUGUUGAGGAACUUUCUACAACUUUUUUAAUUGUAGUAUUUUAUCUUGCUUUCCAUAGCUGAAGCAGCCAAAGAAAUGCUCAAGACCAUCUGUUAAAUACUCUUUACUUUAGUUAAACUCCAGCAGAAUUCUAUAUGGAUAUGACUCCUUCAUGAUCUAAAAACCUUGAAUCAUUCAAGUCAUGUCUUCUUUAGGGAAAAGUAUUUGUUGAGAAGCUUGAAAUAAUGCACUACUACAUUAAUACAAAGACAGACCAUUAUAAACAUGGCUACUUAAUUAUUAAUAAUAACAACAUUAAUGUAUAAGUGUGCUUUACCAAAUUUAUUUUCCUUCUAAAUAUAUUUUUGUUUUAAAUAUCUAAGGGACAAAAAGUUUUUGAACUGCAAAAUGCCACUUAUGGUACAGAAGGGAUGAUUUGUAUAAUUCAACAGAAAUGUUACAUCUAAUUAGUUUCAUUUUGUUUCAUCUCUAAUUUGUUUCAUUUUGUUUCAUCUUUAAUUUGUUUCAUUCUAAUUUGUUUCAUUUUGUUUCAAUCCCAUGGGGAGGAAUAAUAAGAAAGAAAGAAAGAAAGAAAGAAAGAAAGAAAGAAAGAAAGAAAGACUCAAGCAGCUCACACCCACAGAUGCUGCCAAGCUUCUGGACAAGAAUCUAUUCACUGUCAGCACCCCGAAUCCACUGCUUCCUUCUCCUGCAAGUCUUCAGCUUGCUCAGCUGCAAGCCCAGCUUACCCUGCACAGGCUAAAAUUGGCUCAGACAGCAGUCACCAACAACACAGCAGCUGCAACUGUCCUGAAUCAAGUUCUCUCCAAAGUGGCCAUGUCUCAGCCACUUUUCAACCAAUUAAGACACCCUUCCAUGUUCAGUACCCCUCAGGGACAUGGUGGAGGGCCUGGGGUUGCCAAUACUAGAUUUCCACCUGGUGGAAUACAUUUUCCAACACAGAACCCUGCAAUGGCAGCACCAGGUGGAACCUUGGGACCUGUAGCUAACCUUCAAAAUCAAAACCCAAGUCCUGUGGUUAUCAAUCCCUUUGGGGGUGUAGUAUCUCAGACAGCUGGACAACACGCUGUAGUUAUGGGUCUAAAUAAGACUGGCAUCUCUUCUGCUACAGGUGGAUUUUAUGACUAUGGUAAACAAGCAUUUCCCUCUGAUGCUGAACAGUGCAGCCAACACGGCUUUGUGACAAGUGGGUCUCAUGCAGUCCCAACUUCCUCUGGAGGUGGAAGCUACGAUGGACAUUUUGGUAAACAUGAUAACCAGUCAGGAUUUCAGAAAGAGUUUUAUGGAGCCACUUCUAAAGGCCAACACGCAGCUGGCAUUCAAACUUUGACUUUUGCUGGUGACCCACAUACUUCUCAUCAGAUUAUAAAUCAAAAAGGAGAGACAGGACCUGCAGUACAUGAAACAGAAGCAAAUACUAACUGGGAAAAUCCUUCCACUUUUACUAGCCAAAGUAAGCCUGACAUCAUGCCCAAUGCCAGCAUGUGGCCAUCAACAAGUGUCCCUUAUGAAAUACGAAACGAUCUCUACAAUCCUGAAGAACCAACACCUGACACAAAAUUUAGUACUGGAGCUCCCCUUGUUUUCAGCAGAGCUAAAAGCAGUAAACAACAUUUCAGUAACUCACGAAUGAGGCAGACUCAGGAACCCGUUGCACAAGAUUUGUCAACAAGACCUUUUCAGUCUCAUGAGCUGAACGAUUUUCAUAGCAUAGCACCUCUUUGUUUUCCCCACAUCUGUACCUUAUGUGAUAAGAAGGUCUUUGAUCUAAAGGACUGGGAUCAGCACAUUAAAGGAAAUUUUCAUGUUCAGAAAUGUCUUGCUUUCUCAGAGAACACUGACAUUCGGUGUGUAUUAAAUUCAGCAGAAGGAGUGCUGCACUCUUCUCCAAAGCACACAUCUGUGUUUAAUCUUUCUGGCACUGAAGAUUACACUUUAAAUGCUGGAUUAUCAUACAAUUCUACACCUGCAUUUGGCCAGCCAAGUUCUACAUUUUCUGCUGCACCACCUGGAGUAAAUGUGCCGCAAAGGAAAUGUACCCCAGGCCGAGUAGUGCAUAUCUGUAAUCUUCCUGAAGGAAGCUGUACGGAAAAUGAUGUCAUCAAUCUCGGACUUCCCUUUGGAAAAGUCACUAAUUAUAUCCUUAUGAAAUCUACCAACCAGGCUUUUCUAGAAAUGGCAUACUCAGAGGCAGCUCAAGCUAUGGUGCAAUACUACAAAGAGAAGCCUGCCAUGAUAAAUGAUGAGAAAUUACUCAUUAGGAUGUCUAAAAGAUACAGAGAACUUCAGCUGAAGAAACCAGGCCGAAAUGUGGCAGCAAUAAUUCAGGACAUCCAUUCUCAGAGAGAACGGGAUAUCUUGCGAGAAGCAGACUGGUAUGGACCUGAAAGACCUCGGUCUCGCAGCCCCAUAAGCCGUUCACUGUCCCCAAGAUCGCAUACUCCAAGCUUUACCUCCUGUAGCUCCCCACAUAGUCCAUUAAGCUCAAACCGGACCGACUGGGGAAAUGGAAGGGAUGCCUGGGAUUCAUCUACUUAUUCCCGAAGGGAGGAAGAAAGAGAAGUAGUGUCCUGGAGGGAGAAUGGGGAAGAGAAGAGAGAUAGAACUGACACAUGGGUGCAUGAGAGAAAGCAUUAUUUACGGCAUUUGGACAAAUUGGACUUGGAAGAACAUACUGAAGGAAGCAGGGGGCACAGAGAAAAAUAUUUAAAAGGGGGUUCACCCAGUGCAAAGGGAGGUCAUAGUUUGCCUGGAUAUAAGAGCAGAGAGGAAGACUAUUACAGAAAACCCUCUAAACAAAAAUCUGAUAAGUAUCAGAAGCAGUCAGUGGAUGCAGCCCCAAAGUGUAAAAGGAAGGAAGAGACAAGGCUGAGAGAGCACAGACAUUCACAUGGGGAAGACCCGGCUAAAGAAGAAACAUCAGAGCAAAAGCCCAGCAAGCUGCCUGACAGUAUUAGGCAAAAGCAGAGUGAUAAGGAAAAAAUUAAGGAUGGUGAGAAAAAGUCAGAGGAAGAGGUACCUUGUGCCUCUGUAAAAGUUAAUGUGAAGAAAGGAGAAGAAACUGAGAAUGAGGUUGAAAAGGGGGAUUUCGAUGUGGAGAACAGCUCUUUACCCACAAAUAAACUCAUCAAAGAAACAGAAGAUUCUGUUGAAACUUCAAGAAGAGAGAAGGACUGGGAGAGUGGAAGUGAGAUGGAAGCUGAGACAUGGUAUCCAACUAAUAUGGAAGAACUAGUAACUGUAGAUGAGGUGGGAGAAGAUGACCUUAUCAUGGAACCUGAUAUAACUGAACUUGAAGAAAUAGUAACAGUAUGUCAGAAAGACCAAGAAUGUCCCCUAACGAGUGCCUUAGGUACAGACCUGGAGUUGAAGAAUGAGGAUAGCUUAUUAAAUAGAAGUGAAAACAAAUCUCAUGGAAUGGAAGCAAGCAUAGGGUCAGAUAAGGAAAGCGCAAGGGAUCCUGGUGCCUCUGAAGGUGAGAAUACAGCUACUAAAGCACAACGUCUAAAUUGGGACACUGAGCAGAAGCCAAAUGAAUUGCAUGAAGGCAGACUUCAGAAGGAUCCUGAUUACCACGAUAAGGAAAGAAAAAUAGAUGAAAGUGCUAAUAUUCAUUUACAUCUGAAGGAGCAGUAUGUAUCUUCUGAUCCUCCAAAAGAAGAGCCCCAGAAGAAUGAAACAUAUAUUAAUGAUUAUAAAGAAAUGGAAUCACUAGAAACUGAGAAAGGAAAAGCUAUGGAAAUGCUGACAAAAAAGUCCCAGGAGGAAACCGGCUGUGGAAGUCAGGACCAUCAAAAGGCUCAGGCAAAUUAUCCAGAAAUGAAAACUCCUGACUUCCCAGAGGUAGAAUCCAAAAGAUCUUAUUUUUCACCAUCAUGGGGACAAGAAGAUGUGUUUACAGAGCUCAGCAUUCCACUAGGAGUGGAAUUUGUUGUGCCUAGAACUGGUUUUUACUGCAAGCUUUGUGGACUUUUCUACACAAAUGAAGAGGCAGCAAAGACUCGUCAUUGCAGAAGUACAGUUCACUACAGAAACCUUCAGAAGUACCUAUCACAGCUUGCAGAAGAAAACCUGAAGAUGAAUGACAGAGGAAGUGAUUCAACACAGGAUGAUACAGGAAUUGUCCCUCAUUUUGAGGAGAAAAGGCUAUGAUCUUGAUUUAUUUGAAGGGAACAGUUCAUAAGUUUUUGCGAUCCUGAUGAUGCAAUCUUUACUUUGCACUCUGUUGAAGGAGGGAACAUAUCAUCAUGUUCCAUGCAUCCACACGGAAAGCACCAAUAAAACAGUGCCUGAAAUACAGUUAAGCAGCAGUGACAAAUCUAUAAAUAGCAGAAAUCAACUUUUUAGAUUGCAACAUGGACAUUUCUUUAAAUCAGAAUUCUCAGGGAUUUUCUCAGUGUAAGAUCUUCAGGUAGAUUCGCUCAAUGAAAAUUAUCUAGGGGAAAUGACCUGAAUAAAAUACAUUAUAAUACUUUCGUUCAGUCAUCUUGUUCUACAAUGAACCAUAAGUCUUGUAAUCACAUUCAUAGGUCAGUGUGUUCUGAUAAAAUUGGUAUUUUGAUGAUAGCAGACUCUCUGUAUUGCAUCUAGUAGUUAUAGUCUAUACAUUCAAAAAGUUUACACUCAGCAUUGGAAGUGACAGCAGCUGCAAAGUCCCUCCAUCUUUAGUGCCCUGGACCAUUUCCAAAAGACUAAAAUUUGUAAACUUCUAGCACAACAUUUUUUCACUUUGGUCUCUGAUAGGUCCCAUAAUCUACUUUUCUUAAAGUUUAUUUCCUGUAAGAUCUGCAUAAAUUUGCACAUAAAUGAAGUAAUAUUCUAAAUGGAAAAGAGCAUUUUGCUUUGUUUGGGGUGAUGCAUGCAGUUUUUGCAUUGCCAUAAAAGACAUGCUCCCCUUUGCAUGAGAAAGAAGUAGGCAUACCUUUUCUAAGAGCAGGGUAAGGGGUUGGUCCAAGGACAUGGAAUGAAUCCAUAUGCCGGAUCAAUCUUGCUGAAGCUAAGCAGGCUGGGUCUGCACUCCACCUGGGCGAGAAGCUCCUUGGGAGCCCUAUGCUGCCUUGAAUUCCAUGAUUAAAAUAAUAAACAUUUUAAAUUUGUUCAGUAAAUGAGAUUCCUGCUUAACUGGAAUGACUUUUCAACUAUUAAUUGAUUAAACUUUGCAGCCUUAGUUCAGGCAGACUGAAUUUCAUUUCCAUUAGGUUUAUGUUCAGUAUAUAGUUGCCCAGUAUAGGAUCAUUAUAUGUGUAUUUCAACAGGGUAUGUAUUAUAUUAUCCAGAGUUCCAGUAAAGUAAAUAGCGUAUUGAUCCAAUUUGCUUCAGUUAGGCUUGAAGUGGCUAAAUGCAUAGCUCUGUAAGUCUGUUAAUAAUAUGAAUCAUAGGCUGAUCCUUUAAAAAAAUGUACCAGAUACCAUAUGAGUUGCUGAGCCAUAUCUGAAAGAACAGCAGGUAUAGUUGCUGUAAUUCCUUUUGAAUUUCUGGAAGAAAUGUGACAUUUUGUGAAAAAAUCCAGGAGAAGGGUUCUUGCCAUCAUUUACUGCUUCUCAAGUUUACUAGAUUAUCGUCCCACACUAAUGGCAUUUUUGAGAUCUUCCCCCUGAGUAAAUUGCCAAAAUUUUCCAAAUACAGAUAUGUUUUAUAUUUCCUGUUUCCUAAUACCACAGUCCUUUUCCUGGGGUGUGGGGGGCAAGAUUUACCUGUUUCCUGUAAGUGUGUGCUGCUAUUAGACUAGGUUCUGUUUAAUUACAUGGCAUAAACAUUUAAUAUUUAUCAGAGGUGGGUCCGAAUGGAUUCAUACACUUGAUAGCCUUUGAGAUCCUCUUGGCUAUGGCUUGGCAGUGUAAAAGACAGGCAAGCAUAUUUUUCAAGCACACACCUCAUCUCUGUUAAAAACAUUUCAUCUCACCUUUUAGCAUAACAAUUUUAAAGCAAUAAUUGAAAAAGAAAAGCCAUAAACCAGCAAUAAAAGGAAUAACUGUUCACCUCUGUCUUUGAGAAACAUGACUACUCUUAUAGUGUUAUACAUAUGACAUUGUUGGUCUGUGUAAGUAAUGUAAAGUUCUUUCUGUUGCUGUAAUUUAUGGAAAAUGUUGACAUGGACAAUUCCCACUGAAGAAUGCACCUGUAGCUGGGAGGUAAUAGUGAUGGAUGAGAAAAGCUUUUCUUUUGCAACAAAAAUACCCCCUUGCUCUGAAAUUCUUGCACCAAAAUUUGACAUUUAAGAAAUGUUACAUUUGCACCUGCUUAAUUCUUCACAGUUGUCAUAUGUACUGAGUUUUAUGUAUGUAUAGCAUAAAGCUAUCGGAAGUGUAGCCAAAAGACUAUUUAUUAUGAUGAUGUAAAAAACCUUUCUUAUUUAUAAACUGUUGCUAAGCAUCUCAGUUAAACAUUUAUAGUCUGUAGAGAUUACAAUAUUUUCAUACUUGUAUCAACCUAUUAUUUUUAACAGGUGUUAAUAUCACUUUUUCAUUUUAAAACUAAAAAAUCUAAAAAGUUUCCCAUAAAACUUAAAAGUUUGCUACUGAUCUGCACACUAGUGUUUAGUAUCAGAGUUUCAGGGUUUUUCUAUCUCUGUUAAGCCUGUGAUUGUUGAUAUAUACUUGAACUGGACCAGAUGUUACUAUUUAUUGAGUUCACACAAUCUUGUAUAAUUACUGGCUUGUAAACAUUUGAAAUGUGUUAGAAUUUAAAUUAAUUAGGAAGCUUCACCAAUUCUAUUGCUCCUGUAUCCCUAAGAUUUAACUGUAUUUGUUAAAAUAAAUGAAUGAUUGUAAUAAAGAUAAUUUUAAUGACUAA